UUUUCUUUAGAAGCGUUGCUGGUAUCAGUGUCCACGGUCACGUGGUAACAAUCGUAAGUAAAAACAGUGACACGGACCGGAAAAAGUGCAGUUCGAAGGAUAGCUUGCAACUCUAAGCACCGUUUGAGCUAAGCAGUCUAUAGCCACUGAACGAGGAAGAAAACCUUUACAUUGUUGCAGAGAUAAACAUGAGGGUGGCUGUCUUUAUCUUCGUUAUUCUCUGCGUACACGCAGGGAAUGCUUACUCAAAGCCUUCCUGCGGAUACCCACUGACGGAGUGGUGUAGGACUGAAGAGAUCGCCAGAGAAUGCGGGGUUGAGAAGUAUUGCCUGGAGCGGAACGCCACCAGGCCGAACCGGGCCGAAUCUUCGGUGGAGGUGGGGCUGUACUACGAGAGCUUGUGUCCGGGAUGCCGUCAGUUCCUGGUCCAACAGCUGUUCCCCACCUGGGUCAUGCUGGGGGACAUCAUGAACGUGCAGCUCGUGCCCUACGGGAACGCUCAGGAGUCGUUUGAUGGGAAGAAGUAUAAAUUUACUUGCCAGCAUGGAGAAGAUGAAUGUUUGGGAAAUAUGAUCGAGGCAUGUGUCCUCAACAUGACGGGCAGUGCGGCUUUUCCCAUCAUCUUCUGCAUGGAGUCGGCGGCUGAUGUCCUGAAAGUGGCCCAGCCUUGUGUGGAGAUCUAUGCCUCGUCCGUCUCGUGGGAGUCCAUCAUGGGCUGCGUGAAGGGAGAUGUGGGGAACAAACUGAUGCACGACAACGCGGUCAGGACAAAGGCCCUGAACCCGCCGCACAAGUAUGUGCCCUGGGUGACCGUCAACGGGGAACACACUGACGAAAUUGAACAAAAAGCCACGUCAGCUCUCUUCAACCUCGUCUGCAGCUUGUAUAAGGGAUCCAAGCCUGCUGCCUGCACUGGAGCCAAGCAGAGCGUGGACCACAGAACAAGCUUCUGUUAACACCAGCCAAUUGGUCCUUCUCCCGGGAGUAUCCACCAACACUAUCACUGACUAGCAUGUAGCUGUCCCUGUUAUGAGUUGGGCUCAAUUCUUCAUUUUGCACUGUUUUACAAUUACAGACUGUAAUUUCCAUGUGAUUGUUAACAAAUGAAAUGGAUGCAGUAGGCAGAUUAACAACUGAGCAGUUUAUUAAAGUAUUUUUUAAAAAUGAA